AUGUCAUCUCCUAUAUGGCUUAUCACGGGUGCUUCUAAUGGCUUUGGCCUUGAAAUGUGCCUUCACGUCCUGCGUACGGGGCACCGUGUUAUCGGCUCUGUCCGCAGUAAGACCAAAGCCGCCACUGCGGUUGAGCAGAUCGAGCAGGCUGGAGGCUCGGUGAUUGAGUUGGACAUGACAGAGACACAGGCCAGCAUUGCAAGCAAGAUACACGCCCUUGGUCGCAUUGACUAUCUGAUUAAUGUUGCUGGCUACUCCAUCCUGGCCGCCUGCGAGGACAUUACUGAUAAAGAAGCAACCCUCCAAAUGACCACUAACUUCUUCGGCCCCCUAUACACCCUACAGGCUGUCCUCCCUGUUAUGCGCGCCCAGCACUCUGGUACUAUUGUCAACAUCUCCAGUGGUGCCGCCCAAGAUCCCCUCCCGGCAUGCUCUUUGUAUAGUGCUUCUAAGGCCGCGUUGGAGGCUGCAUCCGAGUCGCUUGCUAAGGAGGUCGCGCCCCAUAACAUCCGCGUGCUGAUCGUCGAGCCCGGCAAUUUCCGCACCAACUUUGUCGGCGCGUUGGCUGACGCAAGUCCCCACCCGGCCACGGUCGCUCCACACUAUGAUGACCCCGUGGGCGUGGUGAUGCGCAAGUUCCUCACUGUCCACGGGAAGCAGCCUGGCGAUCCCCAGAAGGGGGUCGAGCGUAUCUUCGAGGCCGUCACGGGCACUGGGAUGGCCGGUCCCUGGCAGGCAAGAUCUCUAGAUUGGUCCUGGGGAGCGAUGCGUAUGCGAGGAUGCAGAAGAGCUGUGAAAGAUUCAGCAACGAUUUGA